AUGGUUGCAUCUGGCACGGUCGAAAGUUUCGAAAAGAAACCACCGGUGCUAUCCCUGCGGGAUCUAACCAUUAUCGAGGCAUUCGAUCAGGGGGCCACGGAGGCGAAGUACGUCACCUUCUACCAAGUUACGUCGGAGGACGAGCUGUACUUUGGCCAGCUGUUCAAGAGUAAGAAGGGGAUUACUCUGGCAGAGUACAAUGCCGCACUGGAGCAUGUCCCCGACAGCGAAAUUUACCCCGAGGUUCCCCAGGACAUCGCGCUGACAAUCGCGCCCAACGACUUGGAUGACGUCUCUGCCUUUGUCAAGCGGCCCGGUCUAAACUGCUACGAGACUAUGAAGGGGUCUGAUUUCGUCCCCAAGGGACUUCUCGAGGAGACCACCAUCAUGGAGCAAAUCUCCAAGACGCCCCAUCCCCACAUCAUCGGCUACCUGGGCUGCCGCACGCUGAUGCAAUACAUCCACGGAGCCAGCUUUGCGCAGCUCGACAAGAUCAAGUUUGUCGAGGCGCUCGAGUCGGCCGUGGCACACCUCCACUCGCUGGGACUGGCGCACAACGACAUCAAUCCAGGCAACAUCAUGGUCCGGGACGGCAUGCCUGUCUUGAUCGACUUUGGGUCCUGCCAGCCAUUCGGGGCCCGUCUGCAGUCGCUGGGCUCGCCCGGAUGGUACGAGGAGCUUUUUUUCACGUCCCAGGCCAAGCACGACACGUACUCGCUCAAGAAGCUGCGCGAGUGGCUGGAAAAGCCCGAGUGA